CAGCGAUGGUAUAUAAAGCUCCCAGAGCGCGCGCUGCUUCAGGAGAUACAGGUAGGAGUCGGGGGGAGCACAGUGUGCGCUCGCUGCCUAGCGAGCAUUUAACCCCGCUCUUCCUUUAUCAGCCCCAAAGCUGUUGUCCCUCUGGCUGGGUGCAGCCAUACUAAGAGCUGCCCAAGAGCAGGGCAGCGCUCCUUUCUGGGAGUCCUUCUGUGCACAGCCCCUGGCGCCAUGCUCUUGUUAGGCAUCCUUGCCCUGGCCCUUAUUGUGGUCCCCGCUUGCGGUUCGGACCCCGAACAGGAGAUUGUGGUUCCCAUCCGUCUGGACCCCGACAUCAACGGGCGCCACUAUUACCGGCGGGGUCCCGAGGACUCGGGGGACCAGAGACUUAUCUUCCAGAUCACUGCCUUCCAGGAGGACUUCUACUUACACCUGGCUCCUGAUGCCCAGUUUCUAGCGCCCGCAUUUGCCACUGAGCAUCUGGGUGUCUUCCAGGCCGGAGUGUCCGGGGGCUCUCCCGACCUCCGCCGCUGCUUCUACUCAGGGGAUGUGAAUGCCGAGAGGGACUCAUUUGCAGCUCUGAGCCUAUGCGGGGGUCUUCGUGGUGCCUUUGGCUAUCGGGGCGUAGAGUAUGUCAUUAGUCCCCUGCCCAAUGUCAGCGCGCCUGAAGCGCAGCGCAACAGCCAAGGUGCACAUCUUCUCCAGCGCAGGGGCGACCCUGACCGGACACCAGGGGACCCUACCUCCCGCUGCGGGGUGGCCUCGGGCUGGAAUCCGGCCAUCCUGCGUGCCCUGGACCCCUUUAAAUCCCUUCGGGCAGACUCGGGCGAGAGCCGGCCACCCCGAAGAGCAGGGCGAGCCAAACGUUUUGUGUCCAUCCCGCGCUACGUGGAAACACUAGUGGUGGCCGAUGAGUCGAUGGUGAAGUUCCACGGUGCGGACCUAGAACAUUACCUACUGACACUGCUGGCCACUGCCGCGAGGCUCUACCGCCAUCCCAGCAUCCUCAACCCCAUUAGCAUCGCAGUGGUCAAGGUGUUGGUCCUCGCGGACAGGGACAAGGGACCCAAGGUCACAGGCAACGCGGCGAUGACCUUGCGCAACUUUUGCGCCUGGCAGAAGAAACUUAACAAAGUAAGCGACAAGCACCCUGAAUACUGGGAUACUGCCAUCCUCUUCACCCGUCAGGAUCUGUGUGGUGCCACCACCUGCGAUACCCUGGGAAUGGCUGAUGUGGGCACCAUGUGUGACCCCAAGAGAAGCUGCUCGGUCAUUGAGGAUGAUGGGCUUCCAUCUGCCUUCACUACUGCCCAUGAGCUAGGUCACGUGUUCAACAUGCCCCAUGACAAUGUGAAGGUGUGUGAGGAGGUGUUUGGGAAGCUACGGGCCAACCACAUGAUGUCCCCUACACUUAUCCAGAUUGACCGUGCCAACCCCUGGUCAGCCUGCAGUGCUGCCAUCAUCACUGACUUCCUGGACAGUGGACAUGGUGACUGCCUCUUGGACCAACCCAGCAAGCCCAUUUCACUGCCAGAGGAUCUGCCAGGAUCCAGCUACACCCUGAACCAGCAGUGCGAGCUAGCCUUCGGUGUGGGCUCCAAACCCUGCCCCUACAUGCAGUACUGCACCAAGCUGUGGUGUACGGGCAAGGCAAAGGGCCAGAUGGUGUGCCAGACCCGCCACUUCCCCUGGGCAGAUGGCACUGGGUGUGGCGAAGGCAAGUUUUGCCUGAAGGGGGCCUGUGUGGAGAGGCACAACAUCAGUAAGUACAGGGUGGAUGGUUCCUGGGCCAAAUGGGAACCUUAUGGCCCCUGCUCUCGGACCUGUGGUGGAGGUGUGCAGUUGGCCCGACGGGAGUGUAGCAACCCUGCACCUGCCAAUGGCGGCAAAUAUUGUGAGGGAGUGAGAGUCAAAUAUCGAUCCUGUAACCUGGAGACAUGCCCCACCUCAGUCUCUGGCAAGAGCUUCCGGGAGGAGCAGUGUGAGGCUUUCAAUGGCUACAACCACAGCACCAAUCGGCUCACCCUCACCAUGGCCUGGGUGCCCAAGUACUCAGGCGUCUCACCCCGGGACAAAUGCAAGCUCAUCUGCCGAGCCAGCGGCACUGGCUACUUCUACGUGCUUGCGCCCAAGGUGGUGGAUGGUACCCCAUGCACUCCAGAUUCCACUUCAGUUUGUGUCCAGGGCAAAUGCAUCAAGGCAGGCUGUGAUGGGAACUUGGGCUCCAAGAAGAAAUUUGACAAAUGUGGAGUGUGUGGGGGAGAUAAUAAGAGCUGCAAGAGGGUGACGGGACUCUUCACGAAACCCAUGCAUGGCUAUAACUUUGUGGUGGCUAUUCCAGCAGGAGCCUCGAGUAUUGACAUCCGCCAGCGGGGUUACCAAGGCUUGAUCAGUGAUGACAACUACUUGGCUCUGAAGAAUGGGCAAGGCAAGUACCUGCUCAAUGGGCACUUUGUGGUGUCCGCUGUGGAACGGGACCUGAUGGUGAAGGGCAGCCUGGUCCGUUACAGCGGGACCAGCACAGCAGUAGAGAGGUUGCAGGCAUCAAGGCCCAUCCUGGAACCUUUGACUGUGGAGGUACUCUCCGUUGGCAAGAUGACCCCACCUCGCAUCCGAUACUCUUUCUAUCUACCCAAGGAACCCCGGGAGGACAAGUCUGCCUAUCGCAAAGACAACCGGGGAUCUUCUGUGCUCAACAACAGCGUCCUCAGUCUCUCUAACCAGGUGGAACAACAAGACAACAGGCCUUCAGCUCGUUGGGUGGUGGGCAGCUGGGGGAGCUGCUCUGUGAGCUGCGGGAGUGGACUGCAGAAACGUGUAGUGGACUGCCGGGGCUCCCCGGGACAUCUUGCUGUUUCUGCCUGUGACACGGUCCAGCGGCCAGAGACAAGGCCCUGUGGGGAGCCCUGUCCAACUUGGGAGACAGGUGCCUGGUCUCCCUGCUCCAAGAGCUGUGGCAGGGGAUUUAAGAGACGACCGCUGAGGUGUCUAGGCCAUGGGGGACGGCUGCUGGCCAGAGACCAGUGCGACCUUCGUCGGAAACCCCAGGAGUUGGAUUUCUGCACCCUGAGACCAUGUUGAAUCAGGCUCUUUCUGCCACCCCCUCACUCUCCCCACCCUCACAUUAGGGCCAUCAGCAUUCUGGUCAGCUGGCAUGGUGGGCACUGGCCAGGGGGGUCACCUCAGGACCCAGCUCACAUCCAGGAGCUAAGGACUAUUGAACAGGGGUGAGAGGUUCUCCUCACCCUCCCUCACUUGAGCAGAGUGGUACUAAACUCACAGUCUACCUCGUGCCAGGCUCCUCCAGUGCCCAGGUGCGGGGGGGAUAGGAGGGAGAACCUGAGAGGAGAGUGUACUGGGCUUGGAAGGAUUGGAACCCAGUUUAAAAAGAGACCUGGAGAAUGGGCAUCUCCAGGGCAGAACUUCAGGUACUGUGGCACUCCCUCAAAGGAGGCCGCAGGCUGCUGGAAGAGCCGAGGCUGGCAGCCUGGCACCCUCAGGGGGCCCUGAGGGCUCUUGCACCAUCUCUGAACGAUGCAGGUUUUCACGGUGCUUGCAACCCACUUUCCUUUUCUUUUCUGACUGGUAAUGGGAAAAAAUCAAAAAAACAAAACCCCAAACCCAAGAAACUCAAAACUUUGCAGGAUAAGGAGACCUUAAGGGAAAGGGGGAAAUAAUUAGAUACCAUAAUGGUGAGGUCAUUUUCAUCACGGGGGGGAAGGGGAUGGAGAGGGAGUCUUCAGGGAAUCUCCCAACUUUCCCUUCUUCUUCAUGGUUCCUCAAAACAUUCCCCUCCUCUAACCCCCCCCACCCCGGUUUAUAGAGUAUUGUAUUCAUUUGGGGCUGGGGGUGGGGUGAGGAAAUCAUCUUUGAAGAAUAGCCUCUAUAGCUUUGUAGGGAGGAAAAGUCCUUAGAAUUGAGAACAGCGGGAGAAGAUGGAAGUUGAGAAAGCCUAGAUCCUCAUGAAAAAGGGAUCGGGCUAAAAAAACAAAAUCAGCUUCGGGAUCCUGGAAAUUGUACCAGAGCCAAUGGCCAGUGGAAGGAAACCUAAGGGGUAAAUUCCAGACAGGAAGGUGCUGUCACUGGGGUUGGACGCUGGCCUACUUGUAUAUCCAGGAUCUCUUUGCUUUAAGAUUCUUCUGGGUCUCACCCAGAAAGGGUGCUGUUCCCUGUUUCUCUCCAGAGGGGCCCACAAAGGGGACCUAGCUUCACCUUCUCUGUUAGCCAAACUGCCCUCAGAGUGACCGUAGCUUCAUAUCCCUGGAGACGGUGAUGCCUCAGAGGACACAAUGGUGUGGCCUACUGGUCAGAAGCAGAGAACGCUUAGGGCAAGGUGCUGAACAUUGAGGUGUUUUCCCUUUCUCUGACAUCAAGACUGCUGUGUGGCCUUUGGUAUGUUUAUUUGCCUCCCUGGACCUCAGUUUCCCCACCUGUUAAAUGGGGUUAAUUCCUACCUCAGGUUCUGCUUUCUGGGUACCCCUAUUCUCCUUUCUUCCACCUCCUCACCACACCCUAAGCAGUGGUGACCCUACUAUCCUGGAGCUGAGUGCCCUUCUCAGAAGGUCAUGCUGUAUGGACCAUGAAGAUAAGUAGAUCUCUUUGGGGGAGAUGCCAGUACCUUUCACCAGGCAGGGCUCCCAGUUUUGAGACAGGAUCCCUCCCUAACCCCAAUCCAGGUUUCCUUAGGGGCUAAUAUCAUGAAACUUGUAGUUUCACCCGUGAUAGAAUUUCAGAGUUGACAGAUCCCUGAGAAGCCAUCUAGUCCAAUCUGAACCCAAAACAUGAAUUCCCCUGACUUUUUUUUUUAACCUAAGAACGUUUGUAGCCUUGAGGGAAGGCAUUUCAGCUAAAUUCAGAGUCUACAAAUGAGAUGGCCCAGGUGACCUAUGCCAGGGGAGUAGAAAGUAUGCUUAUAUUCCAUGGUUCCCAGGGCCCUAAAGAGACUUGGUUGGCUGUGGGUUAGAGAGAAGACUAUGGUGUUAGGGAUGGAGGCUUAUUCAUAACUAUAUAGCAUUCUCCUUCGGAAUAAAGUCAUCCCAGCACAAGUUACAGGGUCUCCUAUGUCUGAUUGCUCAGUGAUGAGCUCAUUCGAGUAGAGAUCCAGAUCCAAGUGGUCGGGUUCCCCAGAUGGGAUUAAAGAAGGUAGGGUUCCUAGGGAGAGGAUUUUGAUUCCUCCAACCACUCAACCAACCACUAAAUGAACUCUUGCCCUCUAGCCUCUCCUUAGGGCUUGAAAUGAAGGGUAGAAUGCCUUUAGGAGGGGAAAAAUGUCCAUGGCCAUUGGGUGAUGAAAAGUAGAGACCUUUAAUGGGGACAAGGGGACAGAGCAGGACACUCCAUUUUUAGUGCAUCUCACUAGGAGUCAGGGAUGGAGUGGGUGCUGUGAAGAAGAGGCAGGGGCAUGGAUGAGGGUGGGUGGGUAAUAGAGAGGCUUCUACUGGGGUGACUAACCUCUUAGAAGGAGAAUCCUUACUAUCAUUCACUUCAUGUGGGUCUUUAAGGAGGAACAUACUUUCUUGUUGCUGACACAGACCAGGUCCAGAAGUUUUUUUUCCCCCUAGUUGCUGGUAUUUUUUUCUUCUUCCUUACUAAAAAAAAAUAGGACCAAGGUAUCUUAUUUAGAAGUUGCUCUCGACUAUGAACAUUCCACUGAUCAAACUAUGUCUUUCAGGACAGAGCAGAGAUUGAACUUGAGAUAGAUUUUUGGAGAUCAGGUCUAGGAGGGCCCCUCAAAAAGCCAAGUUUUUUCCAUUGUUUUGGGGACAAAUAGGAAUUGGGUUUAGCUUGGCCUUGGCCCCUUUAUCCUUCCUGUGCACUGACUGUAGGAGCCUGACCCUAGCACUCACCUUACUGACCUUGUGCUGUGGGACGGGGGGAGGUUGCAAGGGGGCAUCUUGAGGGGCUGUUUUUGUUUCCUCCACCUGAUGACUGGCUCCCCCAAAAUACCAGAUCUUGUCACUGUCACUUGUGGAAUUUGUUUUUGUUUUGUUCCCUUUGGGGGGGCGGGGUAUGUGUGUGUGUUUGUGCGUGUGGUAAGUUUGGUUUGUUUACGCCCUGCGUACUGCAGAAGGACAGCAGAGCCUAGGUACUGGCUGGGCUAUGUAUACUGUGUAUACCUGGGAGUUGGCUAAUGAGUUGUGAACAGCUGCUCCUAAUAAAGUUGUAAGGAUUGAAAAUC